AUGUCUGCAAAGACUUAUUUCUUCUUCAUUCAACGUCUUUUUUCUUCCUUCCUUUCUUCCUCAUUUUCUUUUUUCUAUUUCCUCUUUCUUUCUUCCUUCCUGAUUUUCUUCUUCUUCUUCUUCUUCUUCUUCUUCUUCUUCUUCUUCUUCUUCUUCUUUCGUUUCUUACUCCCUUCGAUACUCAUUUUUACUUUCUUCCUCUUCCCUUCUUUUUUCAUCUUUACAUUUUUAUUCUUCUUCUUCCUUCCAUCCUUCCUCAUUUUCACUCUCUUCUUCUUCCUUCCUUACUCAUUUUUAUUUUCUUCUUCUUUUUUUUUCCUCACUUUCAUUUUUUCUUCUUCUUCUUCUUCCAUCCUUCCAUCUUUCCUCAUUUUCAUUUUCUCCUUCUUCUUCUUCUUCUUCUUCUUCUCAUUUUCACUUUUUUCUUCUUCUUCUUUCCUCAUUUACACUUUCUUCUUUUUUUUCUUCUUUUUCUUCUUCUUCUUUUUCUUCUUCCUUCCUUUCUUCCUUCCUUCCUUACUUUCUCAUUUUCACUUUCUUCUUCUUCUUCUUCUUCUUCUUCUUCUUUCCUUCCUUCCUUCAUUACUUUCUCAUUUUUACUUAUUUCUUCUUCUUCUUUUCUCAUUUUCACUAUCUUCGUCUUUUACUUCUUCUUCUUCUUCUUCCUUCCUCAUUUUCACUUUUUUCUUCUUCUUCUUCUUUCCUCAAUUUCACUUCUUAUUCUUCUUCCUUCCUUCCUUACUUUUUCAUUUUCACUUUUCCUACUUCUUUCCUCAUUUUCACUUUCUUCUUUUUCUUCUUCUUCUUCUUCUUCUUCUUCUUACUUCCUUCGUUCCUUCCUUGCUUCAUUACUUUCUCAUUUUCACUUAUUUCUUCUUCUUUCCUCAUUUUCACUAUCUUCUUCUUUUUCUCCAUCUUCUUCUUCUUCUUCUUCUUCUUCCUUCCUUCCUUCCUCAUUUUCACUUUCUUCUUCUUCUUCUUCUUUCCUCAUAUUCACUCUUCUUCUUUUCUUCUUCUUCUUCUUUUCAUUAUUAUUAUUAUUAUUAUUAUUGGUGA